AAGGAAAUCAUCCUAAAAACCCUUUAUUGCCUUCUUCUUCCUCAACAUGUAGCCGUACCACUUACCAAUACCAUCCUACUAUUACUCCUUUACCACCUUUGUUUUCUUCUUACCUCCCCACAGAUUUCUUUUUCGAGCUGUUCAUUCACUUAACUUUACUUUUUAGUAUAACAUCAACAAGAAGAUGUAAUUAAGUACUAUAUAUAUAGAUUGAGGAACCUAAGAAAGAUAUUGUUUGAACACUUCAAAAAAAAAAAAAAAGAAACAUAUUGUUUGUGGGUCACCCUUCAAAUAAUCUAAAAUUAUUAAUAAAACAAAAAAAAUUCCAAAGAAAGGAACUUUUUUGACCCUCAUUUGAAAGAUUUCAGCUUUGAAGUUGUACUUCUGGAGUUUGCAUGUCAGAGUUUCAGAUUCUAAGAGGAUUGAGGGGAAAAAAAAUCUUGAAGAAAAAUGGCAAAUAGAUGGUGGGCUGGUAAUGUAGCCAUGAGAGGAGUUGAACAAAUCUCUACUGACCCUCAAAAAUCUGAACAGCAGGAAAAUGGAAAUAAUGGUGGAAACCCGAACCCGGAUUCGGAUGAUAGUAGGGAAAAUAUGCCCGAAUCGGAAGAUAACCAAAAUUUGAGUAGUGGUGGUGUUGGUUUUGAGAUGGUGGAGUAUGGAAGUGGUGGAAAUAGUGGUGGUAGGAGGCCGAGAGGACGGCCUCCUGGCUCGAAAAAUAAGCCAAAACCACCGGUUGUGAUUGCUAAAGAGAGUCCCAAUUGUUUGAGGAGUCAUGUAUUGGAGAUUACUAAUGGGGCUGAUAUUGCAGAUAGUAUAGCUACUUUUGCUCAACGCCGACACCGCGGGGUGUCGGUGUUGAGUGGGAGCGGAAUCGUCACUAAUGUGACACUCCGGCAGCCUGCUGCCCCGGGUGGAGUUGUAACCCUUCACGGGCGAUUUGAGAUCCUCUCUCUUUCGGGAGCGUUUCUCCCUUCGCCCUCUCCACUUGGGGCAACAGGGUUGACCGUUUACUUGGCCGGUGGCCAAGGUCAAGUAGUCGGUGGUGGAGUCGUUGGACCGCUUCAUGCAUCCGGUCCUGUAUUAGUUGUUGCAGCUAUGUUUAGCAAUGCGACCUAUGAGCGGUUACCUAUCGACGAUCAAGAGUGCAAUGCAGGAGGAGCCGAGGGGAAUGGUGGUGAUGCGAAUGGAGGUCCUCGUGAAGCUGCUACACAAGAGGUGGGAGCUGCAAGCGAGUCGCAUGGAAGUGGGACCGGUUUGACAGCAGGAGGAGCAGCAGCCUCAGCCUCAGCCGCAGCAGGAGCUGAUCAAAGUACGUCUUCAAUGCCCAUGCCUAUAUAUAAUCUGCCUCCUAAUUUGCUUCCGAAUGGUCAAAUACCGCCUCAUGAUAUGUUUUGGAGUCCUCCUCCUCGUCCUCCCCCUUCCUAUUGAAAGGAUGAUGAAUUGAUCGAUGACGAAUUUUGAAGUUUGGGGUCUAUGUCAUGAUACCUUCGAGGGAAAUGUGAACUAACAAGUUUUGCCCAAGUAAAAACUUUGUGUUUAAUUAGCUCUUGUAAGAAGUUAGUUAGGGUUUCACUGAUAAAUUAGAACGGUUAAUUAUAAGGUUAUCCUUUUCCCUCAAUGGUAUCAAGUUUUUUCGCGGAUGCCCGAUAAAUUAUCUAGGUUCAUGUUAGAAACUUAGUUUGAUGAUGUUUAUGGUAUGAUCAUCCUAACAUUUCAUUUGGGUUGAAGAUAUUGUAUUAUGUUUUGUUGGUUCUUGCCUAUAAUGAGUAUAUUAGUUAGUUUUUCAUCAAACUCUAAUGUUGGCAUAGACUUUUUUUUCAUGGUCAUGGUGUCAUCAAUUCGGUAUUCAGGGUUCGGGGGAGAGGUAGUGGACAAAUUAUACUUGUACCCCUUCCGUACCCCCUCGAGGUAGUGGGCAAGAUGAAUGCGCGCAAAAAGUUAGUAUAAUGAUGUUUUUGAUAUCAUUUUAACCGUCAAUGGAGUAUUAUUUUUUGUUGGCUCUUGAAGAUCAGUAUGAGUUAGUUUUACAUCAAACUCGAAUGGUAUUAACUUAUCCCGAUUAAAUUAGCAAGGUCGUUGAUCAUGUUAGAGAUGUUUGCGAUAUCAUUUUAAAGUUCACUUGGGGUUGAAGAUAAGUUCACUUGGGGUUGAAGAUGUCAAAAUGUUCUAUUAUAUUUUGUUGGUUUUUCCUAAUGAUUGUAGUAUUUAGUUUUUCAUCAAACUCAAGUGUUUUUUUUUUCGAAUUACCAAAUAAAAACUAUAUACUCCUCCUAUUUACCACAAGUGCUUCUAUUUACCAUAAGUGUUCUAUUUGCUUUUUAGACACUAUUUAUUUCUUACUCUUAAUUUGUAUUUUAUUAUUAAUCUAUAAGUUAAAAACAUAAUCAAAUAAGAUCUUAUUUGAUUCGUCGCAAUGCAACGAUUAUUUAUAUCAAUUUUCUAUAAUUUUUAAUUAUGUAUAAUUAGAGAUAUUAAGGAUUAAAUAAAUACAUUGGAUAGAGUGCAUAAAGCAAAUGCAAAUGAGACGCUUGUGGUGAGUAAAAGAGAGUAUAAGCUAGCUUAUUUCUAUAUUGGUUUGACUCAUAUAUUUUUAGCGUGUUAAAAUGAUCACUUAUAAUUCUAAAGUGAUUAAUUACAAAAAAUGAGUUAAUUAUAUAGGUUCGUGUUAUGACGAUGUAUUAGUUGUUUUUGUG